AUGGCGGUGGCACCAGGAUCCAAGAAGCCACUUCCCGCAAGUCCCGAGGCAGGGGUGUCAAUGUAUCCACCCUGGACCGUCGAGCAACGCAACUUCCCAAUGCUUACAGCGGCCGGAGGAGAGAUCAGUCCAACGGAAACAGUCGUGGGAGUUCCCCUUGGGAAUGAGGAUGGGACCGUCCAGAGGGACGAUCAUGCUUAUGCAGACGACGACAGCUACCUCUUCUGGGGAGUGGGAAUGCUCUACGUUUCGGAUUUUGGCUACGCAGGACACCAGGCAGGCUUUCAGUUGUAG